CAAAUACCCAAGGCUGCAACGGAGAAUGUUCCCACUAUGGACUAGGCCAGAUGUUGAUUCCAGAACCGAAAUCUGCAAGCUCUAAUAAACAAGAGACAGCACUGAAGAGGAGAUCCGUUUACAGUGACAUUUAUAGUGACGAUUUAGACAAUCCUGAAGAAAAUAACACAAUUGGCCAGAUGUUGAUUUCAGAACCGAAAUCUACAAGCUCUAAUGAACAAGAGACAGCACAGAAGAGGAGAUCCGUCUACAGUGAUAUUUAUAGUGACGAUUCAGACAAUCCUGAAGAAAAUAACGUGAAAAGUAACGACUUUGUUGUGGUUAAAGUUUUUGGGAGGGAAAACACAGUGUGCCUCUAUGCAGGCUGUGGAGCUAAAUGUUCUGAAGAUGGUAGUUACCGGAUUAGAUUUAUGAAGAGGUGUAAUGACACAAAGGACAAAUUUCUCUUCUCCAAAGAACCAGAAGCUUGUGUCAACAUAGAUAAAAUUUAA